UAUCGGGAUGGUGAUUGGAUGGGUGGUAAUUCUUCAGUCAGUCCUGCCGGCUAGGCGGCAAUGGCAAGUACGGUUGCCUAUAGGGGCCAUGUGGUUGAUAGCGACGGAAAAGUUAUAUCCUAUCAGGAAAUGAGCGAUGGCGAGAUAUUUGUUAAUUUGAACGAUAUGCAAAGAGCAGCUGGAGUUAACCUUUUUAGUCCAGACGACAAAGUACGAGAAGAAAUUGAGGCUUAAAUAUUUAAUUAUUUCAUGGAGUGUGUAAUUGAAUCAAGAAGGAUUUUCUCGGAAGAACAGAUCAUUGAUUCAUUUGAAAGGAUAAGGACUAUGUUAUUUUAUACCGGC